AUGGUGACCAAGAAAAAGAAGGCAAAGAAGAAUGCCGACUUCAAAAAAGUGAAGUUAAAGGUUGGCAAAAAGCUUAAAAAGACAACUACUACUGAUACCACUAUAACAACAAAAAAGGUCGUUCUGAUUUCUCAACUACAAGAGAAAAGCGAGACAACCAACAAACCGCUCUCUUAUCGUGGCUUAUCCUUGGAUGAACUGUGCCGGCAGCUUGGUCAUUUCAACAGGUCUGUUCGAAGAGAUGCAUUGAUAGGGACGAAACAGCUGUUAACGUCGCGCCCCGAUUUAAUCGAAAGUCACCUUCGCACGUUGAUUCCUGCCGUAGCCCGUCUAAUUUCAGACUGUGGCGAUGAUCCAGCCGUGAGCGGUCAUCUUAGAGCUCUUCUUCGUGUUAUUUGUUCCGUAACUCCAAAUGCUAUGAGUGCUCAUUUCACACUAUUCGUCGCACAUCUACUUCAUGCCCUCACUCAUAACGAGCUUAGGAUUCGCAACUUUGCUUUCUCAACGAUUGGUUCACUUCUGACUUCUUAUCCAAAGUUAUGUAGCUGCAAUGCUGAUCUAUUCACAGCAUUUGUAAAAUUUCUCGGCAGCUCUCGAAAACCAGCCUGGAAUUUCCCACAUUUUUUGGAGACUGUCGAAGCAUUUGUUAAGGCGUACUCUAUCGACAAAUCACGUCAGCGAAAUCUCUGUGAAGAAGUUCAGUUGGUUAUGUCUGACGGCAGGAUUUCGUCUAAGAUAAAUCUUGUAAAAGUUUUUUCCAAGGUAAAUCCAUUUGAUUUUCCUGUGGUCAACUCUUCAGCGUCUGCUAUAGUGUCGCCGCUAGAAAUUCCUGAAUCUCUACUAAAACUGUGUGAAGUUUGUGCACCUAUCCUUGCUAUAAGCUUAUCGGAAGAUAGAACUGGUGCCUUUCUCGCUCCGACCACCUCGAUAUUGUCGUUGCUAGGAAAAGCCGCUCUCAAUUUACCGAACGCCUUCCUCGUCAUUGAUUACGCCAGUCGUAUGAGUCAAAUCUGGGCGCCUGUCAAGAAAGUGACAGCUUCGAGAAAAAGUGGAGCGGUGAAAUCGGCUGCACAAUGGCUUAAGGAUUUUUGA